AUGCGGGGCUUGAACUUGCCAGCCACGCAGGGCACCAGCAAUGCCGGUAACUUCCUUCCAGGUGUUCAUCGUUUUGACUACUCGGCCAAAGACUUGGACAAGGUUCGGCAGAAUCGCUUCAAUGCACUGCGGCUGCCGGUGAAUGUCUCCACUGCGAGCGACCGCUCAGCUCUUCUGAAGAUGCGGAACGUCUUCGAGACCCUCGGUGGCGCAGGUAUUCUCUGCUUCUUCGAGGAGAGUUCAGACCCAGCGGCCGCGCCGCAUGGCAAGGGCUGCGCGGAUGUGGCGGCAACCAGCGCCGCCUGGAGACAGGCUCACGAAGUCUUCGCUGACAGUAAAGUGCUCUACGAAAUCUUUAACGAGCCUUUCGGCUACGAGAAGCCGGAGCUGUACCUCUACGACAUGCUCCUGAUCCUUCACCAUGCCCAGCUCCCCCUCAGCCGCUGCGUGCUGGACGGCAAGGGCUAUGCAGACGACAUUCGGGUUCUGCAUCGCCUGGGAUGGAACGGCUUCUUGGCCUACCACUUCUACCCGAACUGGCUGCCAGAAGGACAUCGAAGCGAGGACGCUUACGAGCAGAAGGUCUUACAGGAUGUGUCUGAAGUUGCGGAUCGUGCCUUCAUCACGGAAUUUGGAGCCGCUUUGAAUCUGUCUCGAGAGCAGCAGGCCGGGCAAGCGCCCUCGGAGGACGCCCAGUGUCUCCGGGGGCUCGCCGCAGCAGUGCGGCAACUGCCAAAGCUUCGCGGUGCGUUUCACUGGCACGGCUGGGGCAACGGAGACACCUACGACUUCGGAGCUCCCCCGAACGAGUUGGGCUCGGAUCUGGUCCAGGCUGUACUGGAGGGCUGCGGGAUUCAGCCCUUGACUUCUGGCACAGAUGCAGAGCCCGUGGCGCUCUUCCGGAAGGGGGAGAUGACGUACCUGGUCUUGCUCUCGGAUGCGCGAUUUCCGCACAUGCCUGGCUGGGGUUGGACCUUCGAGCGGAUCGCGUGCUACUGCUGGCGGGAAGCGACCGCUCCAGCCGAUGCCGUGCCGGUGCACUGCUGGCGCAAUGGCGAAGCCGCCCUCUAUGGCAUCGCCAGCUACGAGCCUGCAGCACUCGCUUGCGGCUUUGCCUUCGAGUCUGUGGCCUUCUAUGCAGUGCCACCUUCUGCAAGUCCGCCAAGUGAGCUCUCUGCCGUGCAUGAGUGGCGAAAGGAGGAGAUGACCUACUAUGCACGAGACGACUGGGAGGGCUACGGAAGCUUGCCAUCGUGGGGCUGGACGCACCACCGUGUGGCAUUUUGGGCCCCCUUGGCCUAG